UACAUUCACUCUUUCCCACAACACAACUCAUCACCCACUCAAAAACAAGACCCCACUCCCCUCACUCACUCACUUCCUUCCCACCUCACCACCUCCGGUCUCCGCCGCAACAACCACCGUAUCCUCCAUGUCAAACCCUAACAUCAAAACAUUCGACUGGACCUUCAACCCCGAACCCCAAGACGAACCACUCCAAGUCAAAGGCCACAAACUCCUCUUUUUCAUUGCCAUCUUCACCAUCAUCAUCCUCUUCACAGCACUCUUCCUCUGCGCCCGCUGGCUCUUCCAAACCCACCACACUCCCCACGCGCCAUCUCACACCUCCACAUUCUCCUCCUCUCAAUCCGAAGGACUCAACGCCGACGCCAUCAAGAAGCUUCCUAUCAUACUACACCAAUCCAAUACUUCAAACCAUGCAUUGGAGGAAACGGAAUGUUGCAUUUGUUUAAGCACUUUUAGAGAUGGUGAGAAGGUGAAAGUGUUACCGAGUUGUGAUCAUUAUUUUCAUUGUGAAUGUGUUGAUGCAUGGCUUGUGAAUCAUUCUAGUUGUCCUUUGUGUAGAGCUUCUCUUAAGAUUGAUUUAGAGUUUCCUAAGAUUUUGAUUCAAGAACCACCUAUUAGAUAUAAUCUUGCUCUUUAAUCUUGUUUAGUGUUAGUAAUUUACAUGAUUUGGAGAAUAAUUUGUUCCGAGCAAUGUAAAUCUAAGAAGCAAUAUUAGAGAUGUUAAUGAUAGUGAAUUAUUUUGGAUUGAAAUUUGUGAACUUUAGUUUGAACUA